AUGUCGCUGAUAGCCGCUGCAAGGUUCCUCACGAACAACUACAAGGAAACAUAUGCAGUGUGCUUCUGGGAGGAGUCGGGUCAGAUGCGAGCUUCCGAUCCUGGCUGCCAAUAUAACCGGGAUGUCUUCGAAACGCCCACACACAGCGGCUGGCCAGCCUUCUACGCACUUCUCGUCGUCACGUUCGUGUUCGGUCUCAUCGUCUAUCGCAACAGCCCACUGCGUCUGAUGCAGGUCACGUUCUGGCUUCACUUCCUUAUCACCACCACCAUCCGCUGUCUCUCUACAUUCUCCGGCUGGACCACACAGCCCACCUGGUCGAGCUUGAUCUGGAACUCCAACUCGCCAGGCAAAAUAUGCUGGUUAUGGCUGCUAGUCGAAUGCGGAUGCUGGAACUGGACUUACCUCGGUUUUUACGACGACUACUACUUCCAUGAAGCCACCCGCACCGUGCACGACCGAAGCGGCAAUUCUGUAUGGAGAUUCACGUCCGAGAAGACAGAUGACGAUUCAGAAGACAUGCUGUACAGUCCCUACAGUCUCAUGUUCCGACCCUGGCGCGACAUCGCCGUCCGUUUAUCGUACAUCCACCUGAUUGACAACACUAUUCACGUCAUCUGGUUGCGAUACUUUCACGUCGACGCCCCGUACACUGCUUACAUCAACAACUCGGAGAUCCUGACCGUGCUCUUGUUCCUCAGUCUGACCGUAUACACAUUUACACGCAUGCAUACACACGUGUACUUUGACGACGCUGUCGCAGACUCUCUUGUCGACAUGAAGAGUAUAGUCCCGAUAUCCAAACACUCGGCUACACGCCACCUCUUCACCUUUGCGUCACCGCACCAUCUUUUCCGUACGGCAUCGAAAUCGCGCCAGAUCUUUAUGAUCUCUACGUGCGUCAUGGCAACGGCGGCGGUUGCAACAUGGGAGUUGCAUCCCUGGGCCCCACGAUUCUGGGAGGUCGUCCGCUAUGUUGUGGUUGUAAUGAUAUUCAGGGUUUUUGUGAAGUCGUGGAGGGAGUAUGGCAAGAUGUGGAAGAUUGACGAACCUGAGGUGCAACCACCGGAACAGGUCAAGUUUCAUGGGGGAGUCAUUGCGGCAGUGUAG